GUCAGAGAUCUGCAAACCGACGGGCAUUUUUCUCUCUCUCCAUAUGGCGGUCAAAAUUUGUUCCUUAUUGAAAUGCCAUUUUUUUUUGUUUGCAUUUAUAAUGAUAUCUUAAAGAUUGUUGAUGUAAAUAAUAAUAUGUAUUGGCAAGAAUGGGAAUUAUUUGUAGCACAUCACAUUUCCUUUUACGUCAAUCUGGCCAUUAAAAUGGGGAAAAAUGAGCUAUCCCUUCGAAAUCUACAUCCUGGUGCUUAUGGAACGAAAGAAAACUUGGAUAUUGUUAUGAAAUUGAAAGAGCUCGGUAUAUAUAAGUCGAGAGAGCAAUUUCCAUUAAAUUUAAAUUUGACGCAUGGUUCAGAGAUCCCCUGGAAUAAUGGGCAUUGUGUUGUUGUUAAUGGUACUUCUGCUGAAUCUUCAGACAUAUUUUAUGUUAUGGAAGAUGUAUCUGGAGUUUUUUAUCUCAUAAUGGGUCAAAACCAAUGGGAUUAUGGCUCAAAGAAGAUGACUGAGAAAAAUGUUAGUGAUGAAGACGAGAAGAAUUUUAAUAGCGUCGAACAUUCUGAGCUUCAAGAGUAUAGAGACAUAACGAUCAUAUUUACUACACAACCAUACGAGGGGAGUGAAAAUUUACCAGAAAUUCUGAUCGUCUCAAAAGACAAUUUUAAGAGCUACUUUGGCCCCGUUUUUUCAGCACGAGCCACAUUUUCUCUUACUAGGGAUAUCAAUCCCAAUUUUUGGGAUAUAAAUAGGUUAAAAAAUACUAUUAAGGGUAUUGGUGAUGUUUCUAUGGAUACUGUUAUUGCAAAACGGCCAUAUAUUAGUGAGGAUCAUUUUCAUAAUGUGAACCCAGGGGCGGAUAAAAGGCAAAAAUUAGACUUUUUCCCAUUUGAUGUACAAGGCACUGAAAUAUAUGCACCCGAUCAUUUAAUCGAAAAUUAG